GUCAAACUGACCGCACGCCAGGAAGCAAGAUCUCAAAUGCUCUACCCGGGCACUCUUAGUUUGGAAGCUUGAGAGAAACAGGAGCCCCAUUUCUUCCUUCUGCGCCCCCUAGUGGUCUUUCCCUGUGUGUCAUGCCCACAAAAGGAAAUUUCCUGUCUCAAUUCCUGCUGCCUGCCUAGGGAGUAAAGCUGGUGAUGUGGGCUAUAGGAGUCCCUUGGUUUGAGUUGGCACUUGGAUGUGUGUGUCCCCUACCUAGCCUAGGCAGGAGACUGGCAAGGCCAGGACCUGAGAAUGAGUCCUAGGACCUGUCUGCCAUCAAACACAGCCCAAAGUACAUCCUUGUCCCUUCUCCCAGCUGCCUCCUUCCAAAAGUCAUGCUCAAUGUGAUGAGGGAUCAUGGUGGGAGGUGGGCCUAAGUGAGGGUUCUCGUUGAGGCUAAGGCCCUCUACAAUCCCAGGACAGCCACUGAAUAAGGCAGGCUGCUCUUCCUAAUGAGAAAACUCCUGCUUCUCUCAUUUCCCCCCCGGCUUUGCCUCUGGCAGCUCUAUGAGGCAAUACUGCAAGUGUUGGACCUGGAAAAUUAGAUAUUUGUAUGGCUCAACAACUUUCUGGGGGAAGAUCAGCCACCUUUUGGUGGCCACCUCUUUCACCUGUCAGAGUUCUUGCAGAUGGUACCUUUCCCUGCAGGGUCAUUUACCUAGCUCCAUUCAGCUUUUGCUAAGAGGGUAAUGACCGAAGUUCUUUGCUCAGGGAGUAUUGGCCCUGUGUGUGUGUGUGUGUGUGGUGAUCCCUGUGGUGGCAGAACUGUGCUUCAUUCACAGCUGUGUUCCCAGCACCUAGCACAGGGCCUAGUGUGCAGCAAGAUGAAUAAAUAGUUGUGGAAUGCAUGACUGCUGGCUGCCUGUGUCUGCCCAGUUGGAGAUCUGGAGACCCUCACAUGUGACCAGGCUCCUGCGGUGCUCAGCCUGCCAGGCCGGCAGCCUCUGGCUCCCCUUCCUGUGUCCUCUCCAUUUUUCCCCCUCUCAUUUGACCUUACUCUCCUGAUGAUCUGAUUUUGCGAUUCAAGCCUCUCAGCCCUUUGCCUGAACUUUGACUCUUGGAGGCAGGGCAGUGAGCAGGGGGAGGUCUAGCCCCUGGCUCUGAUUCUAAGCAGCAUAACUGGCUAGGACCUUCCCACCUGCAAGUGGAAGCGCCUGGGGCUGUUUUCCUGCUGCAGGAACUCACUGCACUCUGUGAGCUAAAGCCCCGCCUGCCUGCCCUCGGGGCUGCCCGCCCCUCUUCUGAUCCCCUUUGUGGGAGAGAGACUUGUCCGACCAGGGCCCAGACUACAUCUCCCAGCGUGCCUGACAGAGUGGUGGCCUCUGUGCGUCGGCUGUACCGGUCGGAGGCCACAAUGCAGCGGGCAGUGAGCGUGGUAGCCCGUCUGGGCUUGCGUGGGCAGGUGCUCCCCUCGGUCCUGGGCCGUCCGCUCAGUGGUGCACAGGACGUGCUCCGCAGGACACCACUCUAUGACUUCCACCUGGCCCAUGGCGGGAAGAUGGUAGCCUUCGCAGGCUGGAGUCUGCCUGUGCAGUACCGAGACAGCCACGUUGACUCACACCUACACACACGCCAGCACUGCUCGCUCUUUGAUGUGUCCCACAUGCUACAGACCAAGAUAUAUGGUUGUGACCGGGUGAAGCUGAUGGAGAGUCUAGUGGUUGGAGAUAUUGCAGAGCUAAGGCCAAACCAGGGGACACUGUCGCUGUUUACCAAUGAAGUUGGGGGCAUCUUAGAUGACUUGAUUGUGACCAACACCUCUGAGGGGCACCUGUAUGUGGUGUCCAAUGCUGGCUGCUGGGACAAGGACUUGGCUCUCAUGCAGGACAAGGUCAGGGAGCUUCAGAACAUGGGCAGUGAUGUAGGCCUGGAGGUGGUGGAUAAUGCCCUGCUAGCCCUGCAAGGUCCCACUGCGGCCCAGGUGCUACAGCUCGGCGUGGCAGAUGACCUGAAGAAGCUGCCCUUCAUGACCAGUGCUGUGAUGGAGGUGUUUGGCGUGCCCAGCUGCCGCGUGACCCGCUGUGGCUACACAGGAGAGGAUGGUGUCGAGAUCUCAGUGCCAGUAGCGGGGGCAGUCCACCUGGCAACAGCUCUGCUGGAAAACCCAGAGGUGAAGCUGGCAGGGCUGGCGGCCCGAGACAGCCUGCGUCUGGAGGCAGGCCUCUGCCUGUAUGGGAAUGACAUCGAUGAACACACCACACCUGUGGAAGGCAGCCUCAGUUGGACUUUGGGGAAGCGCCGCAGAGCUGCCAUGGACUUUCCUGGAGCAGCAGUCAUCGCUCCCCAGCUGCAGGGCAAGGUGCAGCGGAGGCGUGUGGGCUUAAUGUGUGAGGGGGCUCCUAUGCGGGCACACAGCCCCAUCCUGAGUAUGGAGGGCACUGUGAUUGGUACUGUGACCAGUGGCUGUCCCUCGCCCUGCCUGAAGAAGAAUGUGGCAAUGGGCUAUGUGCCCUCUGAGUAUAGUCAGCCAGGUACCCCGCUACUGGUAGAAGUUCGGCGGAAGCAGCAGAUGGCUGUGGUCAGCAAGAUGCCCUUUGUGCCCACAAACUAUUAUACCCUCAAGUGAGGAUAGCUUGGGGCUGGGCCCUCCGCUGGAGGGCAUUCUGCAAGGGGUUUUUCAGGAAGCUGAGGCAGAACACAUUGGGGGUAGGCGGCUAGGGUGCAGGCUGGUUCUGGCUGUCCGGUUGAGAGUGGGGACACACUACCUAUACCCCCUCAUCCUGUGCCACUUCAAUUUCAAGACCAAUUUCUCAGUGACAGACCAGCUAGCUCACCCAAUGUCUUAUUUCAGCCCAUGCUCCCACAGGCCCCUCUUGCCUGCCGGAGGCUGAGAAUCAUCAGUCCUGGCAUUUCCACUCUGCCAGGUGCGGGCUGUGCCUCGAAGGCGCACCUUUAGGAGGAUAAAGCCUGCCAGACCUACCUCACCACGGUUUCUCACUACCGUGGGCAGUGCCAGCCGCCUCCUCCAGUUUACUUUCCAUGAAUGCAAACUUCUGCCUCUCCCUGGGCAGGAAUGAUUCCUGACUCUCAGAGCCUUGGCCCAGUAGGGCUGCUGUGUCUGUGUAAACUUGGGUAUGGUUGAGGGGGCAUGGAUUUAAUCUUCCACAUUCCCAAGUUGGUCCAGCCUGCUGCCCAAUAGCAAACCGUACCACGCUCACCACCUGUUUUGAGGCCCAAGGCUGUUGUAGGGCAGGCUGGGCCUCCUGGAGUUGCCUUACCCAGGGUUGACCUUCACCCCUGGGCCCAUUACUGGCCUCUACU